GCUGCUGUGCGGAGUAAUGCCCCAUUUUCCCACGCCCACACCGCGGUAUUCGUUUUUCUCCCAUAUCUCAUUGGAGUUUCCCCAUCAAAAGUACAUCCUGGCAGUAAAAGAUGGUUGCAGACCGCAGGAUGGAGAGUCAGGCCGUACAGUGCACAUUUCCUCACCUCAGCCUUAGACCGAUGGUGGAAAUUAAAGGCUUGUUAAUAUGAACGAUCUCCCCGAGAGGGAGUAACGUACGCACAGUGGCCAGCUGCGGGUUUUGAGUAUGGAUCAGUCAUAUAAGCAUUAACCCGCAUCCUCCUUAUAGGGUUGCGGGAUCCGCUCUUCUCGUCAGCGGUUCUCCUCGCCUUUCCCGCCCUUGCGCGGGAUUUGCGCCAGCCUCCCCUCGCCCCUUCUCCUUUUCCUCCCCCUUCCCCUCUCCCAUCCCCGCUCCCCUCCCUUCUCCUUCGCCUCUCCCACCUCGCCGGGCACCCAGGGGCGCGCGGAACGCUCGGCGCCCAAUCUCCACAGCCACCCGCGCCUUCCAGCGAGUCCAGACUGGAGCUUGAUGGUUUCUGAGACGGUUAGUUCUCAACGGCCCGCCGAGCUUAAGAAGUACCGGAGAAGGAAUCAUCACAAGAAAUUUGGACAUUUUACUGAGAACUCUCAGUCUACAACAUUCAAGCAGCUUUCAUUAGCUGGAGGAAUCUGGACCUGAGAUAGAGACUACCCCAGCCAUCAUGGAGGUGGCCGAGGUGGAGAGUCCUCUGAAUCCCAGCUGUAAGAUCAUGACCUUCAGACCCUCCAUGGAGGAGUUCCGGGAGUUCAACAAAUAUCUUGCAUACAUGGAGUCUAAAGGAGCCCAUCGAGCGGGUCUUGCAAAGGUGAUUCCUCCUAAGGAGUGGAAGCCAAGGCAAUGCUAUGAUGACAUUGAUAAUUUGCUUAUUCCAGCACCGAUUCAGCAGAUGGUCACAGGGCAGUCGGGACUGUUCACCCAAUACAACAUCCAGAAAAAAGCCAUGACAGUGAAGGAGUUCAGGCAGCUGGCCAACAGUGGCAAACACAUCAUUCAUGUGCUGAUGGCAGUUUGGGACACUUUUAUCCUCUGUGAAGUCCAAAGCCUGGUCCUCAAACAGCUCCUGACUCUUGUUACGAUAGAACAGGCUAAAGAGAUGGACAAAGCAAGACAGAUCUCAAAGGCCCUACUAGUAAUUGGGGUGAGGGGCAUGGGGACCUGGAGGAAAUGCCUGUCCGGCGAAGGUCAGGAUGUCUAUGCCUCUGGGUGGGACGAAUCAGCACUUUACAUGUUUGCCUGUCCUAAAUUUAUUCUUCGGAUUGUUGUUGAUGCUGAAAGAAGGGGAAGAUACAGGCGUACCUUGGAGAUAUCGCAGGAUGUGGAUGAAUGGAACAUAGCUCACCUGAAUACCGUCUUGGAUGUGGUUGAAGAAGAGUGUGGUAUUUCUAUUGAGGGCGUAAAUACUCCUUAUCUCUAUUUUGGCAUGUGGAAAACCACAUUUGCAUGGCACACCGAGGAUAUGGACCUCUACAGCAUUAAUUAUCUCCACUUUGGAGAGCCGAAGUCUUGGUAUGCAAUACCCCCGGAGCAUGGGAAACGACUUGAAAGACUAGCUCAAGGUUUUUUCCCUAGCAGUUCUCAAGGUUGUGAUGCAUUUCUUCGCCACAAGAUGACACUCAUAUCUCCCUCAGUAUUGAAGAAGUAUGGUAUACCCUUUGACAAGAUCACCCAGGAGCCUGGAGAAUUUAUGAUCACUUUCCCAUAUGGCUACCAUGCUGGUUUUAAUCAUGGUUUCAACUGUGCAGAAUCUACGAAUUUUGCUACAGUUAGAUGGAUUGACUAUGGGAAAGUUGCUAAAUUGUGCACCUGCAGGAGAGACAUGGUGAAAAUUUCAAUGGAUAUCUUUGUGAGGAAAUUUCAACCAGACAGAUACCAGCUUUGGAAGCAAGGAAAGGAUAUAUACACUAUUGAUCACACAAAGCCUACUCCAGAAUCUACCCCUGAAGUAAAAGCAUGGCUGCAGAGGAGAAGGAAAGUAAGAAAAGCAUCCAGGAGGUUUUCAGCUUUACAGACUUCCCAGCAUUUGGCUCACAGACACGUCCAUGUGAUGGAGUGUGAUCCUUCUGUUUCAGGAAAUGCUUUCGAAUGCACCUGCAGGAGAGACAUGGUGAAAAUUUCAAUGGAUAUCUUUGUGAGGAAAUUUCAACCAGACAGAUACCAGCUUUGGAAGCAAGGAAAGGAUAUAUACACUAUUGAUCACACAAAGCCUACUCCAGAAUCUACCCCUGAAGUAAAAGCAUGGCUGCAGAGGAGAAGGAAAGUAAGAAAAGCAUCCAGGAGCUCCCAGUGUACAAGUUCUCACUCAAAGAGGCCUAAGAGUGAGGAGGAUGAGGAAGUCUCAGCUGCAGUCAGUGGGGCAGAGGGCCCCACUCCCGACCCAGACCAGGACGACCUCAAGGUCAGGAACAAGCCGGAAGGAGCCUCGAAGCUGGGGAACACAGAAGCACCUUCGGAAGAAGAGACCUCUGCUAACAGGAUGCAGCUGGAUCAGAAUUCACCAGGAAAUAGCUGCAUAAGCACAUCUCUAAAAGAGGAAAUAAAAACUGAGGAUGACCGAGCCUAUGCUGUAAUCCCACCUUUGAAUCCCAGUGAGGUUGAUGAUUCCAUAUCUAGUGGUCAUGUGAAGUUUGAGGAAUCAGAGCCACCCAAGCUUCCUUGGCCAAAGUCACCUGAGUCGUGGUCCUCAGUGGCAGAGAGUAACAGUGUGUUGACAGAGGAAGAAGAGAGUGAUGUGGAGAGCCGUGGGAGUGGCCUUGAACAUGGUGAAGUCCCAGCAGUCCCCACUGGAGAGAGAAAUGGCUUCAAAGUCCCCAGUAGAAUAGAGGGAGAAACCAAAACUGCUAAAAGUUGGCGCCACCCACUUAGUAAGCCUCCGGCAAGAUCUCCAAUGACUCUGGUGAAGCAACAGGCAGCAAGUGAUGAAGAGUUGCCUGAGGUUGCAUUGAUUGAGGAAGAAAUAGAAGAAACAGAGUCUUGGGCGAAGCCUCUGGUCCACCUUUGGCAGACAAAGUCCCCAAAUUUUGUGGCUGAGCAAGAGUAUAAUGCAGCCAUGGCCACAAUGGAGCCACAUUGUGCCAUAUGUGCUCUCCUCAUGCCGUACUACAAGCCAGAUAGCAGCAAUGAAGAAAAUGAUUCUAGAUGGGAGACAAAAUCAGAGGAAGUGGUUACUCCAGGAGGAAAGACUAAGCCCCUCAUUCCAGAGAUGUGUUUUAUUUAUAGUGAAGAAAAUAUAGAAUAUUCUCCACCUAGUGUCUUCCUGGAAGAGGAUGGAACAAGUCUUCUGAUUUCCUGUGCAAAGUGCUGUGUACGGGUUCAUGCAAGUUGUUAUGGUGUCCCUUCUCAUGAGAUCUGUGAUGGAUGGCUAUGUGUCCGGUGCAAAAAAAAUGCAUGGACAGCAGAGUGCUGUCUCUGCAAUUUGAGAGGGGGUGCUCUUAAGGAAACUAAGAACAAUAAGUGGGCCCAUGUCAUGUGUGCCGUUGCGGUCCCAGAAGUUCGAUUCACUAAUGUCCCGGAAAGGACACAGAUAGAUGUAGACAGAAUACCUUUACAGAGGUUAAAAUUGAAAUGCAUCUUCUGCAGACACCGAGUUAAGAAGGUCUCUGGAGCCUGCAUCCAGUGUUCCUAUGGCCGCUGCCCAGCCUCCUUCCAUGUCACGUGUGCUCAUGCUGCCGGCGUGCUGAUGGAGCCUGAUGAUUGGCCCUACGUGGUGAACAUAACAUGCUUUCGGCAUAAGGCCAACCCAAAUGUGGUAAGGCCUGUUCUUCCUUCUCUGAUGCCAGAGCUGCAUGAAUUCCUUUCUGUAUAUCUCCCAUGGCUAGCAUGCUCUACUUUCCUGUCUCUGUUUUUGCCACAGAGCCGAGACUGUGUGAAGCUGGGGCCUCCUGCUGAGGGAGAAGUUGUCCAAGUCAAGUGGCCUGAUGGCAAACUCUAUGGGGCAAAAUAUCUGGGAUCGAAUGUUGCCCACAUGUACCAGGUUGAAUUUGAAGAUGGAUCCCAGAUAGCAAUGAAGAGAGAGGAUAUCUACACUUUAGACGAAGAGUUACCCAAGAGAGUGAAAGCUCGCUUUUCUACAGCCUCCGAUAUGCGAUUUGAAGACACAUUUUAUGGAGCAGACAUAAUCCAAGGGGAGAAAAAGAGACAAAGGGUGCUGAGCUCCAGGUUUAAGAACGAGUAUGUGGAUGACCCUGUGUACCGCACUUUUUUAAAGAGCUCUUUCCAGAAGAAGUGCCAGAAGAGACAAUAGGCUGCAUAUGCUGCUGUACGCAAUGGAGCAUCUUACCGGGAGAGCAAAGAUGAAGGGACAGCCUCGGGGCUCUGCUCUGCACUUGGCUGGGGCAGGUGAUGAGGUGUGUCUCUGAUGGUGGAAAACUAGGCUUCAAGAGUUUGGUUGCCCAAACCAGAAAAUGCACAUAUUAUUAAGUGGAUAUAACAAUCUGAAGUCAUCGCCUAGUCUUGCUUUCACUAGUGAGCAAUUGUCUUCUGUGAUCCCAAAGAGUUUUUCUAAGUGCAACAAAGAAUAGUAGUGAAUCACCCACCAAAAGGGUCCAAGGAGAUGGGUCCCUGUGUGGUGUGGGCCCCUAGCCAGGCAACACAUGGAGAUGUCUCUCCCAAUCCUGGCAUGAGAGCCUUGGUAACUGGGUACAAGGGUGAUUGUUUAUGUAUUUUCCGCAGUCAGGGAAGGACUUAUUUGUUUUAAAUGGCAGUUUUUAUAAAACAUUUUUAAAACAUACAUGGCCUGUAUUGCAAUGAGAUUUACCCAUGUGCUGUGUGUUUCCCUUGUACAGAACUUUUACAUUUUUUAUAUCCCUAUUACUUUUGAUUGUGUUUAAUAAGAACUGAGUUGUUGGCCUUUGUGAAAUUUUUGGCUCUUGAGAAAGAAUUGUUAUGAAUUGUAUGGGAAUUUUAUAUAUUUAAAGAGGGAGAUCUGGGGCUGUUAUUUUUAAACACUUUUUUCAUAAUAUUCUGAGUAGAUAUUUAUAAAAUAAAUGUUUCUUUAUGUGUUUGUAAAACUAGAGUUAAAAUAAAUAUGCUUUGAUUCAUAGUUUUGAACUAAUAUGAUUUUUCCUUUUUAAAACAGCCUGAAAAUGUACUAGUAUUUAAUACAAUAUUUAAAAAAUAAAGAUUUGCAUUUUCUCCAA